AUGGCAACUUGGGCUGAUAAAGACGUACAUCCAAAACGUGAUCGCAGCGGCAGUUAUGGAGUCCUGCCGCCAAACCUGUCUGAGCUGAGGGUGGUUCUUCUGGGGAACAGCUGGAGUCUGAAGGCCUCAGUGGGAAACCUCCUUUUGGAUCAGACACAGUUCAGUUUGUUCACAAAACAACAUAACUGUGUAAAAGGCAGUGGAACAUUUCAGAGUAAAGCUUUGACCGUGGUCAACUCUCCAGACCGGCUGCUCACCACCUCUCCUGAAGAACUCAUACAGUUUAUUGAUCAGAUGAAAGAUGAGAGUUCCCCUGGUCCUCACGUGUUCCUGCUGGUCCUAGAGCCUGACGACUUCACUAAACAACACAAAAGCAGAUUAGAGUCAGUCCUGCAGAGCUUCAGUGACAAGGCCUUCCACCGCUCACUGCUGCUGAUGUCCAGGCCACAGACACAGACACCAGGGUCCACAGACAGACACAUGAGGGAUCCAGGUAUAAAGGACAUGAUCCACAGAUGUAGGUUCAGAUAUCUGUGGGUGGAUCACACUGAACUAUAUGUCACUGAUCUGAGUCUGAGGGAUUUCAGACGUAAAGAGCUGUUUACAAGAAUCAGUGAGAUAUUGAAAGUGAACAGUGACGUGAAACCUGAGCCCUCUGAGGAGGAAGACCCAGGUCUGACUUUCAGUACAAAGCCCUCUCUGAACCUGGUUCUGUGUGGGAGAACCGGAGCAGAGAAGAGCUCAGCAGCGGAGUCUAUUUUAGGGCGAGCAGAGCUCCCUGCAGCGAGCCGCCCAGGGCAGUGUGAGAAACAUCAGGCAGAGGUGUGUGGGCGCUGGGUGACUCUGGUGGAGCUGCCGCCUCUGUCUGGAAAACCUCUGGACACAGUGAUGCAGCAGUGUCACCUCUGCCUCUCCCUCUGUGCUCCUGAGGGCGUCCAUGCCUUCAUCCUGGUUCUACCACUGGGUCCUCUCACUGAUGAAGACAAGGAUGAGAUGAAGAGGCUCCAGGACACUCUCAGCUCUCGAGUUCUUUCCUUCUCCAUGAUUGUGUUUACUGUGGACUCAGACCUCACUCCAGAUGUGGAGGAGUUUAUGAAAGAACACAGAGAGAUCCAGGAUUUCUGUGAGAGCUUUGGAGGAGGAUAUUGUCUCUUCAACAUCAGGGACCAGCAGCACGUCCCUGAGCUCCUGAAGUCUGUGGAGACUUUAAGAAACAAGAAUAAACCUCACAGCUUCACCACUGAAACACUGAUACAAGUCCAGAUGGAGAAGAUCUCUCUCCUGCAGAAGGAACAACAGAACGCAACCACCAAAGCAGCUCACAGAAGAGGUCCAGGUGAUGAACAGAGUCCAGACUCUCUGAGGAUCGCGAUCAUUGGAAGAACCGGCACAGGGAAGAGCUCUUCAGGAAACACCAUCCUCGGACCAGACAUGUUCGAGGCCAGGCCCAGUCAAAUGUCAGUGACUCAGGUUUGUCAGAUGGCCGAGGCCAGAGUCGAUGGACGCCGUGUUGUUGUGGUGGACACUCCUGGACUGUUCGACACCAGUUUGUCACAUGACGAGGAGAGACUGAAGUGUGUGAGUCUGCUGGCUCCUGGACCACACGUCUUCCUGCUGGUGUUGCCCAUCGGACGAUUGACAGAAGAAGAGAAAACAACACUAGACCUCAUCAGGAAAGGAUUCCAUGUGUUUGAUAAUAAUGAAAAGAAAGAUCCCACUCAGGUCAAAGAGCUGAUGAUGAAGAUAGACAACAUGAUGCAGCAGAACAGAGGCAGCUGCUACACUAACGACAUGUUACUGAAGGCAGAGAUGGGCAUUAAGGAAGACAUCAAGAGAAUUAUGGAGGAGAAAGAGGAAAAGAUCAGGAGAGAGAGGCCCGCAAUGGACCGGAAAUCACAAAGAAACCAGAGGAAAAUAGAAAAACUGCAAGAGCAAACCGCUGCUGCACUCCACAUGUCUGCGUAUGAGGAAACACACAGAAUUAUCUCCAAGAUGUGA